AUGGUCACGUCUUUGGAGACGCGUCAAGGUUGGUUUGGGGACGUUAACACAUGCUGCACGGAUACCACCAUUAGCUCCCCCUAUGGACAUGCGGGGCAACCAUUCCCCCCCGCCCAGCCAGAGAGGCGCCCCCGACCUUGUGCAUUUGUUCCUUUUCAGCCUUGUUCAGCCCGAAUACAAUUGUUUACAAGACGUCUGCAGCUGGGCCUCGCAUAA